CCCUGGAGAGGGUCCUGUUUGAGGGAUUUUCCACAUAGUCCUGGGGGGCUCGGAGUGGGAGAGCUGCCUCUCCAACCCGCCCUCAGGCAUAGAGAGCAGGGAGGGAAGCCCAUCGUGAAUGAAUAGCAUCAUAAAAGGUGAUGGGAAAUCAGCUUCUUUUAAAAAAUGGGAUCACUAAGAGGAGCUGAAACCCUCAGGUCACAAAUAGCCGUGAAUCAACCCCUGUACAGCCCAUAGCUGGCUUGCCAAGCAGAGUGUGGCCUCAGGAAGUGCUUGAGUCAAAUCUGGAGAGGCUUUUAAUUCGCCUGCUGGAUUCUGGAAGCAUUUUCCUCAUCUCACCUCUUGCCCGUGGUAUGUGAGCCUCAAGGGCACAGAUCUGCUGUUCUCUCACAGCUGGAUUGGCUCCGUGCCUCUGGCAACACUUAACUGCUGGCAAGGCAGCCCCAAGUUGGUGUGAUGAGGCUUUCUUGGCGUGACCAGCCAGGCAAGCUGAGCCAGAAUUUAAGGGAAAACUAGACCCUUAGGGAUUGCCAUGGAGCAUGCAGAUCUGUGCCAAGAGCACGGAUGUGCUGCCUGUUGUGGAGCCCUGGGAGCUCCCUGUGUGCACAGUGGAGGAGCUCUGCCUCAGGCAGGAGUCUGCUGGAGCCCAUCUCCUGGUUGGGGCCCCUCAGCCUUGCAGGCAGACCUUACCUGCAUGGAUCAGGGCAGGGAUGUUGCUUGGUGUGAGGGACUGGCUGGAGCUGUGCUGUGGCCAGGGCACGGUGCCCUGUGCUGGUGAGCUGCCCCAGCCUCCACGGUGCCUCUGCCUGCUCAUGUCCUUCCUCUGACCUGCAUCUUUGUGCCCGGGGCACUCAGUAUUUUCGGGCAAGGCAUUUCCUGAUUCUGCUGUUCUCUGGGGAUGCUCUCCUUCCCUCUGUUCUCUAAUUGCUGAGUGGGGAGGAGCACUGUUAACCUUCUGUCGCUGCUGCUGUGAGCUCGGUGGCUAGGAUGCAUCCGGACGCCCUGUGCUGAAGUACUGGUGGGACCUGGCUUCUCUGCAGACAUCCAUACAACUGACAUGUCCUGCUGCAGGAGGUGAACUCCAAGAUAAACAAACGCCUGAAGGACGCCCUGUUCACAGAUCAGUGGAGCGAGCUCUUCAUGGAUGUCCUGAGCCCCUUCCACUUUGUGUUGGUCAGCACAGUGCGGAUGCAAGGUGUGAUCCUACUGGUGUUUGCCAAGUACUACCACCUCCCCUUCCUGCAGGACAUCCAGACAGACUGCACUAGGACAGGGCUGGGCGGCUACUGGGGCAACAAAGGAGGGGUGAGCGUCCGUCUCUCCAUCUUUGGGCACAUGGUGUGCUUCCUGAACUGCCACCUGCCAGCACACCUGGAGAAGGCGGAGCAGCGCAAGGAGGACUUUGCCACCAUACUGCACAUGCAGCAGUUUGAGGGAAGGGCAGCCAGUGGCAUCCUGGACCAUGACCUCGUCUUCUGGUUUGGGGACCUCAAUUUCCGCAUUGAGAGCCUCGACAUCCGCUUCGUCAAAUACGCCAUUGACAGCAACAUCCUGAGCCAGCUCUGGGAGAAGGACCAGCUAAACAUUGCCAAAAGCACCUGGCCUGUCCUGAGCGGCUUCCAGGAAGGACCCCUCAACUUCCCCCCCACAUUCAAGUUUGAUGUGGGCACCAACAAGUACGACAGCAGUGCCAAGAAGCGAAAACCCGCCUGGACUGACCGCAUCCUUUGGAAGAUCAAAUCUCCCAGCUCCGGUGCGGGCGGGCGCCGGCCCAGCCGAGGUGUGCUGACGGUGAGCCAGCUCUGCUACUGCAGCCACAUGGAGUACAUGGUCAGCGACCACAAGCCAGUAGCUGCCAUCUUUGCUGUGCAGUUUGCUUCCAAGGCAGAUAAACCCCCGGUGGAGAUCUAUGUGGCUGAUGAGUGGAUCAGGCCUGAGCAAGCAGUUGUCAAGUACAAGAUGGCUGCUGGCUUUCACCGGAGCUCCUGGGACUGGAUUGGCCUCUACCGGGUGGGUUUUCGGCAUCCUAAAGACUAUGUGUCCUACGUUUGGGCCAGGAGCGAUGAUGGAGAGCGCUGCGUGGAGAAGCAGCUGUGUGCACAGGUGAUGUUCUCAGAGGAAGCACUGCCCAAAGGGAAGGGAGAGUACAUCCUCGGCUACUACAGCAACGCCUCCAGCAGCAUCGUGGGUGUGACAGAGCCAUUCCAGAUCUCCCUGCCUAGAUCCGAGGAGGGCAGCAGCCCUACGGACAGCUCGGGCAGCAGCUCGGAGGAGGAGGAUGACAGCACUCUUGUCCUGCUGGCCCCCAAAUCCCGCAGCCCCAGCCCGGGCAAGAUGAAGCGGCACCGGAGCCGCAGCCCCAGCCUGGCCAAGUUCCAGGGUCUCAUCCUGCGCCCAUCCAGCCGUGACCGGGGCACCAGCCGGAGCCCCUCACCCCAGAGCCGCCGCGGCCUCACCGGGGACAUCCCUGCCAUCCACCUGCCUCAGAUGGAGCUGGGACGCCGUGGAUCCAAAGCCAAGGAAUCGGGGCAGGUGGCCAACAGCCAGGAGGGCAGCCCGGGUUCCUUCUACCAGACUGUGCGGGAGCCAGGCGUUGCCCGGCGUGCUGCAGUUGACAACCCUCUGGCCAGGGCUGACCCCAGGAACCUGGGCCUGCUGCCUGCGCUCCGCCUGGAAACCAUUGACCAAGCCAUGGGCCGACGGAGGGAGAGUGCAGACCAGGGCUACCCCUGCCGCAGGAUGAGCCCCACCAGCCCUCCGUGCAGCACUUCCCCAAAGGAAGGGGGCAGUCCCCGGGAGCUGGAUGGUUACAGCUGUACCAUGGGGCACUGAGGCUGUGCCCCCUCCCUCCGUAGCGCGCUUGCUGUGUGCUUUCCCGUGCCACGUCCCUGCUGUGAGCCAUCCCUCUCCCUUAUUUAUUGCAGUGAAUCACCCCUGCACCCCCGCUGCCUGCCUGCCCUGCUCCUCCCGGGGCUGCAAAGGGGGCAUAGGGGAGGGGGUGGUGGUGAGGGAACCUCUCGUGUGUGUCAGAACUGCGGGACACUCAGUCCUAGGGCAGGUGAGUGGGCCUGGGGGUGCUGGGGGCCAGGGAUGGUGCUGCAAGUGAGGAUGUUUGCCCCCUCCCCCCGGGGCACAGCACUGCUGCGGGCACCCUGCAGAUGGGAGCUUGCUUCUUUCCUGCCCUUACCACUGUGCCUCGGGCUUGGACAUAGUGUGAGCAACAAAAUAAAGCAUCCCGCCUGCCCCA